CUUUGUCAUCGAGGAGACGUCUUUUGCGUUCGACGCGCGAUACCGAGAGUGUCCGGAAGCUGCGACAACGAAACGUUUUCGUCAGUUUCCUGAAGAGUAACGGGUGCGACCCGAGGAAGAGGUCGAAAGUGCCGCUUUUUCCAAGCACUUCGUCAGGGUCGAAGAUCAUAAACUCUCCACGUGGAGCGUGAAGAACAUACUUCUUCCUAUACGUCGGCUAUUUUUACUCAUUCGCGGGCGAUAUUGCAUUCUUGAAUAGUGUUUAUCCGUGUGAUUGAUCCGACGUCCUCGACGCUUUUCAUUUUACCGCGCGAGGAAACGACGAUCUUGAAACCAUCUUGGUCCACUCGAGAAUAUCAUCUUCGAUCUUACCCGUCCGAGUAAACAAAAAGUAAUCGCGAGAUCGGUGAGACACUCUCUCACAGCAUCUUUCGUAAUCCUCUUUUUCCUUAUUCGAUACCAGCGAUGACCUUGAGGGUGCUCAUAGUCGAUAAAUAUUAGUUCGAGCAAGUUUCCAACGAAUAUAUGUCGAUUUUCUUCUCGAGAAGGAGGAAGGAAGGAAGGAAGAGAGAGAGUGCGAUUUUUUCCCCCUUUUUCCGGAUCGACGGAAUGAGAGCGAGAUGUCGGCCGUCUCGACGGCGACGCGACGAUAACCGCGACGAGACACGGCGACUCGAGAUCUCAAGUUAAUAAACAUAUACAAUCUGGCCAUAAAUCUCGUCCUCGAACACCGUUCUCCUUCCGGCAUAUACGUGUCGCCCGAUGUGACAACAAUAAAGAUCAUGGAAAUGGAAAAGAGAUACACGCACGCCUACGGCCAGCUGCGCAGGCUGACCAGCACGAUAGAUUGUCAAACUAGGCAAUUGAGCUCCGAGUAUGGACUCACCGAAGAUCAAGUAGCAGAAUUCAAAGAGGCAUUCAUGCUCUUCGACAAAGAUGAGGACGGUACGAUUACGAUGGCGGAAUUAGGGGUUGUCAUGCGAUCUCUCGGUCAAAGACCGUCGGAGACGGAAUUACGCGACAUGGUGAACGAGGUCGAUCAAGAUGGAAACGGUACCAUUGAAUUUAACGAAUUCCUGCAAAUGAUGUCGAAGAAGAUGAAAGGUGCCGAUGGGGAGGACGAACUUCGCGAAGCGUUCCGAGUGUUCGAUAAGAACAACGACGGCUUAAUCUCCUCCAAGGAACUGCGACACGUAAUGACGAAUCUCGGGGAGAAGCUGUCCGAGGAGGAAGUCGACGACAUGAUUAAGGAGGCGGAUCUGGACGGUGACGGAAUGGUCAAUUACGAAGAAUUCGUGACGAUUCUAACGUCGAAAAAUUAGUUCGGAGAUCGAAGGAGGGUAGACUCGCACAGAGAUACCAAAAGUACCAGAGGAUCUCCAACGGAAGAGGGAUAAACGGAUCCGCCGCCCAAGUUCCUCGACUUCCCGGGAUCGUGACGAGAGGUCGUUUCACGCUCCGUAAAGCUGCGAAAAAAAUCUGAGAUGCCGGGAGGAGAGAAAAGAAGUCAAGAACUCGAUCCUGCCGAUCGAGCGUCAACCGCGAUGUGCGACGCCGUGUAAUCGCGGAAGAUGAGGAGAGAAUUUCGAGAGAGAAAGCGCACCGUUUUUAUGAUAUAUAUAUGUAUAUAUAUAUAUAUAUAUAUAUAUAUAUCAGCUUUGAGGGAUAAGAGUGCGUCGAUAGUUUCGAACGUAAGUAGCGCAAAUGGGAAAACUUAAAAGUCUUUGGAUCAUACUCGGGAGAUACUACGCGCGUAAAUUAUUAUAUCGCGAAUAUUAUAUAUCGCCUUUGGCUUUGGCCGGAAAAUCAAGAAGGAGAGAGACUUACUUCCGCGAAUUGCACACAUACGCAUUAUCUAAACACACACGGACACACCUCGCGCUCUUUCGGACUAAUCUAGGCGGAAUACUUGAACUGUAGGCACAUAAUACACACGUAUUAGUACAUGGUUAAUAAAGGAAUUAUGUCAAAAUGAGAAAACGAGGGGGAAGAGGGAAGGGAAGGGGGAGAGGGGCGACCUGCCGCCACCCGGAACAAUCAACCGAGCUUCGUCUAGACUUUUACGUACCCCUAAUCUUUAUCUCCCAUUUUACGAAGCGAUUUUAGGAAUUAACUAGCUUUCCACGCCCCCUUGAACGCUCUCGCGAGAAAGUCCCGGAGUAUACUUAGUACAUAUACACGAUAUGUUUACAUAGUACAUAUAUAUUAUACAUAUUAUUAUUAUACAAUAUCCGUUUUGCGUUGCGCGUUUCCUUGAAACGCGACGCUCAUGAAAGAUACUUCGUACUUCGAGUGUUUUUACCGCUUAUAUUACACGCAGACGUGCGUAAUCCAAAGUGUAGUGAUACACACAUACACACACAUGUCGCUCUCUCAUUUAAUCAUCGUUUCUUCUAUGCUUAGUGAUUUUAGAGCGGGUACGUCGACAACAUGCCGAAUAAUUAACUCUUCCCGCUUUGACACGUAGCGUGAAUAUGUUCCCGAUUAUCGUGAUGCCGCGCGAAUCUUUCUGUAAUCGGUGACGAGUGCCCUGGUUGAUAAGGUGCUUCGGAAGUUGAGCCAACUGUAUUUAAACAAAUUAUUCAUUCACGAUAAUCUCGUGAAGAAAUAUCAUUCACUAUCUGUGCACAAGGUUCGAGAAAGUGUCCGAAAGUGUCCUUGAUUAUUGAGAUGAGUUCUUGCAAGGAGAAUAAUUUAACGAAUCAUCCAGAUUUAUCUGUAGAUCUAUCAGGUGAUAUACUAAAUCGAAUUAAUAUCGCGACAAGUCUGACAAUUGCCAGUUACAUCCUCAGUGACUACAGUUGUCAUGAUUAUUGACAGGCAUCUAUAGUCAAGGAGGAUAAGGUUUUUGAUAUAUAAAGAGAGAAAGAAACUCUAACGGGAACAAUUCAACCAGGGUGAUUAACGCGAGCGUUCGUUUCUUCACUUUGUAUUCAUGGGGGUUUUGUCGGAUAAAGAGGAGGAUUAUGCACAAUGCGAAAGAACGAAAGUGACGAUGUGGCAACGAAAACGUGUUUCCGCUGUCGCACAAUCACUAACAUCGGCGGCCCCGAUCCAGAAGCGUGUAUACAUGCAGUAUGUACCCUUACAUAAAGUAUAGAGAGAGAAGGAGAAACGUGUUGUAAGGAAAAAACCAUCACGAAUCCUGCGCACACACACACACGCGACAUAUAGACGGUAGACUUAGCGACUAUAGUGACAGAUGUAAAAGAAGAAGCGACCGCACGAGAGUAAACGGCGGAGUUGUACACGUGUGGAUUAAUGUAUACAUAUUACUAUACGUGAUGAUGUGUUGCUAUACCACGAGAAAAAAACACGUGGAGAGAAUACGUUGUAGGUACACAAUUAUAUAUACAUAUUCCUAUAAUAUACACGUAUAUUUAAUACAUUGUACAUAAGUCCUCUCUCCGUCACCCGCGCUCCAUAACACAUACACACGCACUCAAGCAUUCAAGCACGCACGCAUGCACGCGCGCGUAAGUUCCCGGCACGAAGCGGAAAUUAAAAAGACACGUGGAUUGGGAUAGCGUGAGAGUCGCGAGGAUUUGACGGGGAGAGACCGAAGUAACGAGAAUAUAAAUAUUAAUAACGCGCCAGAGCGCAUCUUCUGCGUACUAUCAAUCGGAGUAAUUCUGUUUUGUUUCUCGUACGCGUUAUCACUAUAUCAGUAUAUCUAUUACAGUGUUACAUGUAUGAAUCUUUUACUGCUCGUUCGUAAAUGAUUUUUUUGCAAUCUUGUGCACAUAUUGAUCAUAAUUUGUGACAACAUUUAUAUAACAUUAGGUUUUAAAUAGGAAAAAUGUAUGUCAUAUACAUAUAUAUUUAAACUAAUAAGGUAAAUUGUAGUAGGAUUUUUACAUUUGUUAUUUUUACAAUUUAACUGCAAUGUUAUACAAUUCAUUUAAAUCGCUUUCUUAUAAGAAUAGAGAUGAAAAAUAUUAGCAAAAUAUGACGAUGAAAAUUUAUGCUAAAAAAUUUUAUAGGAGAAAAAUAUUACAAUAAUUGUCUUAAAUUUUUACUUAUAUUCAAAUAUCAUUAAAUAAUACCGUGUCAUAUAUAACAUAAUGAAACGUACAUUAUAUAUAACACAUACUCAACGAGAAUAUAUAAUGACGUUUCUUAAGUUUGAGUAUAAAAGAUUCACGAAAUAUUUCUCAUUUUAUUUCAUCGCGACUUUCUCGAACAUUACUCUACAUGGCUCGUAAUUUUAUUUUUAAUUUACAUUGUAAUUUUUUUGAACAAUUUAUAUUUGAAUAUCGUAUCGUAAAGUUGUUGGAAAACCAUUUGACUCCUGAUUGACUGUACGUUUAUGCGCUAUGAAAGAUGAUAUGAAAAGGAGAAAAAGAUCUUUUUCGUAAGAUAUUGGAUGAAAUCGCGCGUGUUUCGAGAUCCGAGCAAUUCGAUCAUUUUUCUUUUCAAGUAUAAGCGAAACGCGAGAGACAGUCGAGGCUUCAGAAACGCUCGUCGGACAAAAUGGUAAUUUGCAAGUGCAUAGAGAUUAGACAAUAAAUUCUGUUGCUCUCUAUAAUCUGAUUGAUCGACAAUUGAUGUUUGUGGACGACGAGCUUAGCAAAUUACUGAAUCUGGACUUCAUCUCGGAAUAGGAUGGUACAAUAACGAUGAGAGUUCAGAGUCGUCGAGAGAAGAAUGUCCUGGGACCUUGAUUUGAGGUUCGCCAAAUAAUUACUUGUACAUAAGACGCGUAAAGCACGAUCAACGCAUCGCACAUUACUUUCGCAGGCGAAAGCUGUGAUCUUUGAUAGAGCGAUUGAUUUUUCGAAUAAAACCAGAGUGGACAGUCUUACUGCGAAAAUAAUCCAAGUCAAAUUUUGAAGUAUCGAUCCAUUUAGGUAAGAGAUAUACAUAAGUUCGAUGAAAAUAACGAAUCGACAUAAUGUACCUGUCUUAAACAUUUCUUUAGAAUUUGACUUACAUUAUUUUCAGCUCAUGUCGCACCUCCGAUAGAAUACUGCCAUUGAUAAAGACGCUCAUUUUCAGCGCUUUAUAAUACGUUAACUUCAUUUGCAAGAGAAGUUUCAGUAAACUAUAUAGAGGAUAAAGUAAUAACUUUAAUAAAAGAAGAUAUUACUUUGAUAA